UGCUGCGUUCACCAGCAACGUUGAUGUGUGUUAAGAGGAAUUUCUAUUUACCUUGGUGAGAGACGAGUGUGUAUGUGUGUUGUGCCACCAAACACCAGCGCUGACUAACAGAGGGAAUCUGGAGCAGCACCACAACACCAACCACCAGAAAUUUAAAGACACCUACCCCGCAAAUAGAGCAAUCUGUGUCAGGAAAUUUGAGCAGCUGAAAUCGGGGUUGAAGGCCCAGCAAUCGUUUUUCACAAAACAUGCUGCUCAAAGUAAGGAUUGACAAGUGUUAAAGGACUUGUCACUCUGUGAAUAUUUUUCACUACAGUUUGAUGAAUCCCUGGAUGUAAUGCAAACAGCUCAGCUUGUUGUAUUUGUCAGAAUGGCUUUCCAGGAUUUUACAGCAAAGGAGGGCUUCCUGACUCUUUUGCAGUUAAAGGAGAGAACGAGAGGUGAGGAUAUUUACACUGAGUUUAAAAAUAUAUCUCUGUGAAAAUGACAUCCCCAUUCAUAAACGGGUGGCAAUUACUACUGACGGGGCCCCAGUAACACGCGGUGUGCGUGUUGGUUUUAUAGCACUGUUCCGUAAUGACUCUGAUUUUCCCAGCUUCCUGGAUCAUCACUGUGUGAUUCAUCAGCAGGCCUUGGCUGGGAAGGUCGUGGACUUUUCUCAUGUAAUGACACUGGUGGUCAAACUGAUUAACUUGAUUCGAGCAAAAGCACUUCAGCACCGCUUAUUCAAGGUGUUAUUGUCUGAGCUCGAUGCCGCUUACGGAGACAUAAUUCUUCAUGCUGAUGUUCGGUGGCUGAGUCACGGGAAAGUGCUGCAACGAUUUGUUCACUUGCUGCCCAAGAUGAAGACUUUUCUGUCAACAAGAAACAAGGAGCAUGAGGAACUGUCCGAUGAUGCAUGGCUACUGGAUUCAGGGUUUCUGACAGACCUCAUGGCUAAAUUAAACGCACUUAACAACGAGCUCAUGGGAAAAGACCCGACACCUUGCCCCACAUGAUAAGCGCAGUAAAUGCGUUUAAGGCCAAGCUCAGUGUUUGGAUUUCAAAUUUAAAGAACGGGAGGCUGACACACUUUCCCAACUUGGAGAAAGUGCUACAGGCCAUCAAGGAAAAAAGUGCUUUUCGCCCUGAGCAGUACUGUGCUUACCCAGACCAACUGGCAGUCGAGUUCGAUUGGCGUUUUGGCGCUGUUGGUCAGGACGGUUUCAAUUGUGCUUCGGUAGAAGUUAAGCAACAGCUUUUGUGGGAGUUUGGCCUGUUUCAGCUUUCUGAGAAAGAAAAGUCUUUGUUGUGCGUUUUUUUACAAGCAUCGAGGCGUUGGUGGUCCAUGUCAGCUGUUUUGACAAAAUAACUCCAAGGAACUUCAGGUUUUCCACACUUUCCACUGCCUCUCCAUGUAUAUGGAGGGGGGUGUGUACUCUGACCUUUCAUCUCCUGGUCAAUGAUCAGCUCUUUUGUUUUAGAAGUGUGAAGGACCAGGUCGUUGUCCUUACAUCACUCCGUCAGAUGAUCCACCUCAAGCCUGUAAGCUGUUUCAGCCUCGUCCGAGAUCAGGCCAGCCACUGUGGUAUCGUCCGCAAAUUUAAUGAUGGAGUUGGAGGUGUGGAUGGGGGUGCAGUCAUGUGUGAAGAGGGUGUAGACCACAGGGCUCAGCACACAGCCUAUUUUUUAAGAUGAGGGUGGUGGAGGUGUGCUUACCAAUUCUGACUUGCUGUGGUUGGUCUGUGAGAAAGUCCAUGACCCAUGAUCACAGGGAGGAACCAAGGCCAAAAGUGUUCAGUUUGCUGACCAGUUUAUGGGGUUCAGGACAUCAGGCAGUGUGGCGUCAUCAUCUAGCAGCAGAUUAUUGGUUUUGUAGUCUGUCAGCGCCUUGAUGCCUUUCCACAUACUGCGGGGGUUGUUGUUAUCAAACUGACUUUCCAUGCGCAGUUUGUAUUUGUGCUUUGCAUCCCUGAUGCCCCUGUGGAGAUUCCCCCGUGCUUCACUGUAGGCUUGUUUGUCUCCUGACCUGAAGGCUGCAUCGCGCUCCCUGGGUAGUCCCUCACAUCACUGUUAAUCCAUGGCUUUUGAUUGGGAAACACCUUAACUGUCUUUUGUGUUAUUCCAUUUUCUGAGCAAAACUUAACAUUCUUAAAGAAAGACAGCUAUGGCCUGUUUGAUCUGGUAGUUACAGUGUUUUCUUGGUUGAAUUAAUUUGACAGUUUGACAAAAGCAUUUUAUGUAAUUCAAAUACAAUUAGCCCAAAUAAAAGGCCUUAAGUUGGAAGUGCAAUCUGAGCUGUUUUUUUCUCUGAACGAUUUAGUAGGUCGAUCUUGUCUUUAAGUAAGGCCGAGGUAGGGGAUCUUGGACUUAAAAAGGUUGAAGGUCUACAUUCAUCAGUGUGUUUUGUUGCGAAUUCAAUCAGGUUCGUAAGGCACGAUCUGCCCUAGACAGAGCCAUGCUAACUAUCCCACAUCAGAUUAUGCUUCUCCAAAUGCUCAUAAAUCCUGCCUCUCAGAAGCUUCUCCAACAACUUGCCCUCCACUGAAGUAAGAACCACUGGUCUGUAAUUUCCUGGCUUGUCUCUACUCCUUUUCUUGAAAAGGAAACGAUGUCUUCUAAUCCUCUGGUACUUUUCCUCUCCCUAUUGAUGUGCAAAGAUCAUCAGCAGAGGCUCAGCAAUUUCCUCCCUCACUUCCCACAGUAGCCUGGGGUAAAUCUCCAGCUGAGUACCCCCAAAUUGAGUUGAGAUUGGUAAAGUUGUGGUGCCAGAGCUCACAUUCCAAGAUCAUAUAGAAACAAGUAAAAUUGUGAAAUGAAUAGAUAAUAUAGAGGCAGGAACCUAGAGGGCAUUGCCUCAAGAAUUAGGGGAAAUUGGGAUGGAGGUGAGGAGGAACUGCUUUUCUGGGAGAGUGUUGAAUCUGUGGAUUUCUCUGCCCAAUGAACGAGUGGAGGCUACCUCAGUAAAUAUAUUUGAGAAAAGGUUGGAUAGAUUUUGGCACAGUAGGGGAGUUAAGGGUUAUGGGGAAAAGGCAGGUAGGUGGAGAUGAGUCCAUGGCCAGAUCAGCCAUGAUCUUAUACAAUGGCGGAGCAGGCUUGAUGGGCCAGAUGGCCGACUCCUGCUACUAUCUCUUAUGUUCUCACCACAGACUAAAAUCUCUCCUGAAAUAUUGUCCUUCACCCAUUGUUGUCUUUUGCAAAUAUUUUUACAGGUUUGAAAUGGCAGAACACUUGUGUAUGGGAAUCUCAAACACAACAACACAUCAGUUUUGCUGUCUGGAUAUUUAAGGAGUGACCAAAUAUUUUCUUUGCUACACCAACACAUCUGUUGUUGAUCCUUGGAGAUGAAGAAGUAUCUCAUCCCAGUUGGUAAAUGUAUUCUGUCUCUGAGAUGAAAUUUUCUGUUUUAACUCUGUGAAAUUCACUGGAACCGGGAAUUGAGAACACACCAGCACUAGUUCACUGGAGAUCAGUUCUUCAACUGCAUUGAUCGUACAAGGCAUUCAAACAUCUGACUUUCUGAAUCGCCAGAGAAUUGUUCGCAGUGAGAUAUCAUUCUCCUUUUCUCAGUGUGGGAAGAGGAUACCCGCAGGCACGCCAGUGAGUUCACAGUGGGGAGAGGCCAUUCACCCGCUCUGUGUGAGGGAGGGGAACCACUCAGUCAUCCAGUCUGAAGAUACAUCAGCAAGUUCACACCAUAGUAAAAUGCUCCAUCUAUUCUGCAAGCGGAAGCCAUUCUGUUAUUGAUGGUAAAAGUAUAUCAAAAAAUUCACCAGUGAGAGGACAUUGACCUGCUCGGACGGUGGGAAGACAUUCACACACUCAAUCACGCCACAGUGACACCAGCGAGUUCACACUGGGGAGAAGCCAUUCACCUGCUCUGAAUGUGGGAAAGGAUUCACUCAAUCAUCUCAACUGAAUGAACACCAGCGAGUUCACACUGAAAAGAUGCCGUUCACCUGCUCAGACUGUGGGAAGGGAUUCACUCAAUCGUCCACACUACAUAGACACCAGCGAGUUCACACUGGGGAGAGGCCAUUCACCUGCUCAGACUGUGGGAAAGGAUUCAUUCAGUCAAAUCACCUACUACAGCAUCAGUUAGUUCACACUGGGGAGAGACCAUUCACCUGCUCAGCCUGUGGGAAGGGAUUCAAUCAGCGUUCUCAGCUCCUGACACACCAGCGAUUUCACACUGGGGAGAGGCCAUUCAUCUGCUCAGACUGUGGGAAGGGAUUCACUCACUCAUCCGACCUACAGAGACACCAGCGAGUUCACACUGGGGAGAAGCCGUUCAUUUGCUCUGAAUGUGGAAAGGGAUUUGCUCGGUCAUCUGUACUGAAGUUACAUCAGCGAGUUCACACUGGGGAGAAGCCGUUCACCUGCUCAGACUGUGGGAAGGGAUUCACUCACUCGUCCGACCUACAGAGACACCAGCGAGUUCACACUGGGGAGAAGCCAUUCACAUGCUCUGAAUGUGGGAAGGGAUUUGCUCGGUCAUCUCGUCUCUUGAAACACCAGCAAAUUCACACUGGGGAGAAACCAUGCAUUUGCUCAGAAUGUGGGAAGGGAUUCAAUGAUUCAGCUCACCUGAAGGUACAUCAGUUUGUUCACGCUGCAGAGAGACCAUUCACCUGCUCAGACUGUGGGAAAGGAUUCAUUCGGCAUUCUCAACUACUGACACACCAGUUAGAUCACACUGGGCAGAAACCAUUCACUUGCUCUGAAUGUGGGAAGGGAUUCACCCAUUCAGCUCAAAUGAGGGAACAUCAGCGAGUCCACACUGGGGAAUGGCCAUUCACCUGCUCUGAAUGUGGGAAAGGAUUCACUUGGCAAUCUGAACUGAUUGAACAUCAGCGAGUUCAUACUGGGGAGAGGCCGUUCGUCUGCUCUGAAUGUGGGAAAGGAUUCAUUCGGCGUUCUCACCUACUGACACACAAGUUCAUUCACACUGGGGAGAAACCAUUCACAUGCUCUGAAUGUGGGAAGGAAUUUGCUCGGUCAUCUCAUCUCUUGAGACACCAGCAAAUUCACACCGGGGAGAAACCAUUCAUCUGCUCAGAAUGUGGGAAGGGAUUCAAUGAUUCAGCUCACCUGAAGGUACAUCAGUUUGUUCACACUGCAGAGAGACCAUUCACCUGCUCAGACUGUGGGAAAGGAUUCAUUUGGCAUUCUCAUCUACUGACACACCAGUUAGAUCACACUGGGGAGAAACCAUUCACAUGCUCUGAAUGUGGGAAGGGAUUCACCCAUUCAGCUCAAAUGAGGGAACAUCAGCGAGUCCACACUGGGGAAUGGCCAUUCACCUGCUCUGAAUGUGGGAAAGGAUUCACUUGGCAAUCUGAACUGAUUGAACAUCAGCGAAUUCACACUGGGGAGAAACCGUUCAUCUGCUCUGAGUGUGGGAAGGGAUUCGCCCGGUCAUCUAAUCUGAAGCAACAUCAGAAACUUCACACUCGGGAGAGGCCAUUCAAAUGCUCUGAAUGUGGGAAGGGUUUUGCUCGGUCAUUUCAACUGAAGGUACAUCAGCGAGUUCACACUGGGGAGAAACCUUUCAGCUGCUCUGAAUGUGGGAAGGGAUUCACUGAGUCAUCCAAACUUGUGAGCCACUACCGAAUUCACACUCGAGAGAAACCGUUCACCUGCUCAGAUUGUGGGAAGGAAUUCACUCGGUCGUCUGAGUUUAAAAUACAUCAGCAAAUUCACACUGCGGGAUGCCUCUCACCUGUUCUGAAUGUGGGAAAGGAUUCACUCAGACAGGACAUUGACCUGCUCGGACGGUGGGAAGACAUUCACACACUCAACCACAACACAGUGACACCAGUGAGUUCACACCGAGGAGAAGCCAUUCACCUGCUCUUAAUAGGGGAAGGGUUCACUCAAUCAUCUCAACUGAAUGAACACGAGCGAGUUCACACUGAAAAGAUGCCGUUCACCUGCUCAGACUGUGGGAAGGGAUUCACUCAAUCGUCAACACUACAUAGACACCAGCGAGUUCACACCGGGGAGAGGCCAUUCACCUGCUCAGACUGUGGGAAAGGAUUCAUUCAGUCAAACGACCUGCUACAACAUCAGUUAGUUCACACUGGGAAGAGACCAUUCACCUGCUCAGACUGUGGGAAGGGAUUCAAUCAGCGUUCUCAGCUCCUGACACACCAGCGAUUUCACACUGGGGAGAGACCAUUCAUCUGCUCAGACUGUGGGAAGGGAUUCAUUCGCUUUUCCGCACUACAGAGUCAUCGGCGGGUUCACACUAAGGAGAGGCUAUUCACCUGCUCAGACUGUGGGAAGGGAUUCACUCACUCGUCCAAUCGACAGAGACACCAGCGAGUUCACACUAGGGAAAAGCCGUUCACUUGCUCUGAAUGUGGGAAGGGAUUUGCUCGGUCAUCUGAACUGAAGGUACAUCAGCGAGUUCACACUGGGGAGAAGCCAUUCAGCUGCUCUGAAUGUGGGAAAGGAUUCAUUCAUUCAUCUCAGCUCUUGAAACACCAGCAAAUUCACACUGGGGUGAAACCAUUCAUCUGCUCUGAAUGUGGGAAGGGAUUCACUGAUUCAGCUCAUCUGAAAGAACAUCAGUUUGUUCACACUGCAGAGAGACCGUUCACCUGCUCAGACUGUGGGAAAGGAUUCAUUUGGCAUUCUCAUCUGCUGACACACCAGUUAGAUCACACUGGGGAGAAACCAUUCACAUGCUCUGAAUGUGGGAGGGGAUUCACUUGGCAAUCUCAACUGAAGGAACAUCAGCAAGUCCACACUGGGGAGAAGCCGUUCACUUGCUCUGAAUGUGGAAAGGUAUUUUCUCGGUCAUCUCAACUGAAGAUACAUCAGCGAGUUCACACUGGGGAGAGGCCAUUCAACUGCUCUGAAUGUGGGAAAGGAUUCAUUUCUUCAUCUCAGCUCUUGAAACACCAGCGAAUUCACACUGGGGAGAAACCAUUCAUCUGCUCACAAUGUGGGAAGGGAUUCACCUAUUCAAGUCAGCUGAAAGAACAUCAGUUUGUUCACACUGCAGAGAGGCCGUUCACCUGCUCAGACUGUGGGAAAGGAUUCAUUCGGCAUUCUCAACUACUGACACACCAGUUAGUUCACACUGGGGAGAGGCCAUUCACGUGUUCUGAAUGUGGGAAGGGAUUCAUUGAGUCAUCUCAACUCAAGAAACAUCAGUUUGUUCACACUCGGGAGAGGCCAUUCAGAUGCUCUGAAUGUGGGAAGGGUUUUGCUCGGUCAUUUCAACUGAAGGUACAUCAGCGAGAUCACACUGGGGAGAGACCAUUCAGCUGCUCUGAAUGUGGGAAGGGAUUCACUUUGUCAUCCAAACUUGUGUGGCACUACCGAAUUCACACUAGGGAGAAACUCUUCACCUGCUCAGAUUGUGGGAAGGAAUUCACUUGGUCAUCUGAGUUUAAAAUACAUCAGCGAAUUCACACUGGGGGAUGCCACUCACCUGUUCUGAAUGUGGGAAAGGAUUCACUCAGACAUCCCAAUUAAGACUAUAAGAUAUAGGAGCAGAAGUCGGCCAUUCGGCCUUUCGAGUCUGCUCCGCCAUUCGGUCAUGGGCUGAUCCAAUUCUUCCAGUCAUCCCCACUCCCCUGCCUUCUCCCCAUACCCUUUGAUGGCCUGGCUAAUCAAGAACCUGUCUCUCUUGGCUUAGAUGCGCCAAAGGACUUGGCCUCCACAGUUGCUUGUGGCAACAAAUUCCACAAAUUUACCCCCCUCUGACUAAAGUAAGUUCUCCUCAUCUCUGUACUAAAUGGAUGUCCUCCAAUCCUGAAGUCGUGCUGUCUUGUCACAGCCUCCCCGACCAUUGGGAAUAACUUUCCCAUAUCUACUCUGUUCAGAGCUUUUAACAUUCAGAAUGUUUCAAUGAGAUUCCGACUCCCCCGCCCCCACCAUUCUCCUGAAAUCCAGGGAAUACAGCCCAAGAGAAGACAGAUGCUUCUCGUAUGGUAACCCUUUCAUUCCUGGAAUCAUUCUUGUGACUCUUCUCUGAACCCUCUCCAAUGUCAGUACAUCCAUUCUGAAAUAAGGAGCUCAAAACUGCACACAAUUCUCCAAGUGUGGUCUCAUGAGAGCCUUAUAGAGCCUCAACAUCACAUCCCUGCUCUUAUAUUCUAUACCUCGAGAAAUGAAUGCCAUCAUUGCAUUCACCUUCUUCACCACCAACUCAGCCUGGAGGUUAACCUUUAGGGUAUCCUGCACAAGGACUUCCAAGUUCCUUUCCAUCUCUGCAUUUUGAAUUCUCUCCCAAUCUAAGUAAUCGUCUGCCUGUUUAUUUCUUUCACCAAUAUGCAUGACCAUACACUUUCCAACAUUGUAUUUCAUUGACUACUUCUUGGCCCAUUCCCUGAAACUAUCCAAAUCUCUCUGCCGGCACUCUGUUUCCUCAGCACUACCCGCUCCUCCACCUAUCUUUGUAUCGUCGGCAAAUUUAUCCACAAAUCCAUUAAUCCAACAGUCCAAGUCAUUGACAUACAUCGUAAAAAGCAGUGGUCUCAACACUGACCACUGUGGAACUCCAGUGGUAACCGGCAGCCAGCCAGAACAGGAUCCCUUUAUUCCCACUCUGUUAUCGGUUGAUCAGCCAAUGCUCCACCCAUGGUAGUAACUUCCCUGUAAUUCCAUGGGAUUUAUCUUGCUAAGCAGCCUCAUGUGCAGCACCUUUCAAAGGCCCCUGAAAAUCCAAGUAUACCACACCUACUGCAUCUCCUUUGUCUACCCAUCUUGUAAUUUCCUCAAAGAAUUGCAGUAGGUUAGUAAGGCAGGAUUUUCCUUUCAAGAAACCACGCAGGCUUUGGCCUAUCUUGUCAUGUGCCUCCCAGUACUCCGUAAUCUCAUCCAUAACAAUCGAUUCCAGCAACUUCCCAACCACUGAACUCAGGCUUUCAGGUCUGUAGUUUCUUUUCUGCUGCCUCCCACCCUUCUUAAAUAGCGGAGUAACAUUUGUAAUUUUCCAGUCAUCACGUACUAUGCCAGAAUCUAUCAGUUCUUGAAAGAUCUUUAGUAAUGCCUACAAAAUCUCUCCAGCUAUUUCCUUCAGAACCCGAAGAUGCAUUCCAUCAGGUCCAGGAGAUUUAUCCACCCUCAGACCUUUAACCUUCCUGAGCACCUUCUCAGUUGUAACUUUCACUGCAUGUGCUUCACUUUCCUGACACUCUUGAAUGUCCGAUAUUCAGUACUGCAGAUGUUUUCCACCGUGAAGAAUCAUGCAAAAUACGCAUUCAGUUCCUCUGCCAGCUCUGUGUCUCCCAUCACAAUAUCUCCCGUGUCAUUUUCUAUUGGUCGUAUAUCUAUUCUCAACUCUCUUUUACCCAAUGGCAGCCAUCCUUUAGCCAAGUUUCAGAUUUGGCCACAACGUCAUAUUGCCAAUCUAGCUGAAUUUCAAGACCAUCCACUUUAUUUCUUAUGCUGCGAGCAUUCAAAUACAGCACUGUGUGGUGCACCCUCUCCAAACCUGUCAUGCUACGUUUUGGAGAACAGGAACCCCCGAACUUGCCGGAAAGUCUGAGGAAUGGAAAUGAAACUUAACUGAGAAGAUGUUGGAUCAUGAAAAUGCAUUUUGGACCGAUGAGGCUGAUGUUUGUUACUCCAGGAUUACUUACAACACUAUUGGAGCGACCAAGGAUACCCCUUUCUGAGAGAGGUCUCGCCGGUCAUCUGGUAUUGAAUGAACUCCGCACGUAUACACAGGGGAGAAACUGUACAACUGCUCAGACUGCGGGAAGGAAUUCACUCAAUCAUCUCAACUGAAUGAACAUCAGCGAGUUCACACUGGGUAGAAGCCGUUCACCUGUUCCAACUGGGAAUGAAUUCACACUUUCAUCUUGCCUGUCUGCACACCAGACUGUUUUCAGCAGUGAGAGGACGUUGUCCUGCUCAGACUGUGGGAAGGCAUUCACACACUCAUCCACACUGCAGAGACAGUGGUGGGUUCUCACUGUGGUGAGGGUGAUCACCUGCUCUGAAUGUGGGAUGGGUUUCAAUCAGUCACUCAUCCUUGUGUCACCCUGCCGGGCUUUGACCCAUCGUUAAUCGGAGAGAUCAGAAGCUUCAGAGGGCGUAAUUCACUCAAGUUGGCCAAUUGAGCAUUAAAGGCAGUGGUUUCAGGGCAGGUUAUUUUUGAGCUUUCACCAGGGGCCAGUCAACAGUCGGGUUUGAUUAUCAAGAAGAUGCCAACGUUAGGCAGCAGCAAAUGGAGUGGCCGAUGCUGGACUGGGCAGAGUUGGAGUGGAGACUUUGAGGCUUUACCUCUUUGAGGGUUCAGUCAGGACAGCCUUCGCACAGAGAAGGCAACAUUACACUGGAGGUGGAAGUUUUUUUGCCCCCUUCCUCACACUUGCUCAGUUAGAACAGUCAAAAUGCCAGGCAGGAUAGUGGAAAGCUCCUCUUGCGGGAUGUGGGAAGGCAGGAGACCCUCCUGUGUCCCCGAUAACUACACCUGUGAGAAGGGCAUCCAGCUUCAGCUCCGAAUAAUCCACAUUAAGGAGUGGGAGCUGGAAGUGGAUGAACUCCAGAUCAUUCGAGAGGCCGGAGGGGUGAUAGGUAGGACAUAUAGAGAGGUAGUUGUAACCAGGCUGUACGCCACAGGGAACUGAGUGACAGUCGCAAAGCGGAAGUGGGGGGUGGGGGAAGCAAGUGCAGUGUACCCCUGUGUCCACCCCCUGAACAACACAUAUAUCACUUUGGUCACAGUUAAAGACGGUGGGAUGACCUGGCCAAGGAAGGUCACAGCAGGAGGGUCUCUGGCACUUAGUCUGGCUCUGAGACUGAGAAGGGGAGGGUGGAGAAGAGGCGAGCUGUGGUCAUUGGUGAAUCAUUAGCUAAGGGAACUUACUGGAUGUUCUGUGGGUGAGAAUGAGAUUCCAGGAUGGUAUGUAGCUUCCUGUGUGCUCCAGGUCUGGGUUAUCUCCGGCCGAGCACUCAGCUUUGCUCAGGAGAGUGAACAGUGAAGGUCGUGAUCCAUGUGGGUACCAAUGAUAUGGGCUGGUAGAGUAACGAGGUUCUGCAAAGGGAGUUCAGGGAGUGAGGUGCUAAGUUAAAGGGCAGCUCGUCCAGGGCUGUGACCACAGGUCUGUCAUCUGUGCCACAUGCCAAGAAUAGGAAGAUUAUACAGUUUAACAUGUGUCUAAGGAUUUGGUGCAGGAGGGAGGGCAUAAUGUUAUUGGAUCAUUUGAGCCCGCAAGGAUUACUGUAUGUACAGGAGUUUGCAUUGGUGUAGAGGGGACAUGGUUGCUGGAGGGUGAAGUGGGCGGACAGGUCUCUCUCUCUCUGUCAGACACACACAAACAUAUGCAGUGGAGUGUGAGGGAGGGGAGUGAGGAGGGAUAAGGGGAAUGAGGAGGAUGGUGUUAGGGCUCAUUCACAAAGUCUCAGACUCACCCAACCGUCCCCCUCUGGAAUUGGUCCCAUUCCCUACCCCAGGCUGGGGGUGAGCAUUGAGUUGCCUUGCCAACAAGAAACUGAAUUGUUUGAUAGCAU